AAAACGCUGUCGCUGUCUCGCUGCUUCUCGAUCAUUUUUGAAAGCGCCGCUGGGUCUCCCUCAAUCUCCACCAAGACGGCAGUGAAGACGGCGGCGACGGCGAGUGGCGGACUGAGGAGAAGAAGGGUGAGGAAGACAAUCUAAAAAAGGGUAGUUUGGUGUUGGGCUCCUUAUGAUCAACUAUGUUCAUGGAAGUAAAUUGCAAAGAAUGGAAAAUGGAGAAUUUAGGCAGAGUGAAUCAAAGGAGAAAAUCGUUGCUAUUUAUUCAGAUUUUAUGAGGAGAAUUGGACAAUAUGAUGAACUAGUGUCUACUGGUAGCCGGUUGGUUGUUAGCUUUCAGCAAGCACUUGGGUUCUUAGGGCGGGCUCCAAUUGAUAAGACGUCUACAUUGGUGGAACGCAUUAUCAAUGCUCAUGGAUCAAGAAGGGUGUUGUCUUAUUUUGAAGCUGGAUGUGCCAACAGUCAUGACAGGGUACAAAAUGUGAGCAAGUUGCAUACAUGCCACGUUGGACUUCAGGACUAUACAAGUAAAGCUAAAGAAGUUGUCGAUGAACUUGAAUUCCUUCUGGGCAAUGCAGCAUCUGUUGUGCAAACUUCAAAGGCGAAAGGUGGAGACGAUAUUAGCUUUAACUCAGAUUCAUGUAUUACUUCUAGUCUGCAAACUGCAAAGGAGAAAGAUGAAGAUAUCAGUUGCAACUUAGAUUCGUGCAUUACUUCAAUUGACCAAGAAAGACCUGAUGUUGCAGACUAUGCUAGCAUGAUGGCUAUUAUAUACAGCAUGGUGAAACAAGACCACACAAUGCAGGUCCGAAUAGUCUCCUCCCUUAACCACAAGUCUUCACAGGGAGAACUGGAGACCUAUUGCCAGAUGUGGUCUCUGCGGCCGUUUGUAGAUGACGACAUAAUGCAUAAAGCUUGGAAUCUCGUUCCCGGACGCUGAGACCAUUCUAGCAAAGUGAGGACGUUGCCGUGCCCAACUUCCCCGUCUCUAUGGACCUACGGCAUGACUAGAGAUAUCAAAAUAUUCGCACACAGCUGUUGGGGUUAGAUUAUUAAUGUCUGAUUUUUUUCGAACCUCUAAUUUUUGUUCGGUCGCUCAAAUCUAUAUUAAUUUUGUUGAAGAGACAUAAAUUUUAAAAGUUGCAUGCAUCACUAUGAACUUAAACUUGA